AUGUCAUCUCAAGUGACCAAGGCCGCGCGCCGUGUUACUCAUGAGUUGCAUGGUGUUGUGGUUUCAGCAGGCUUGAUGCAGAAAACUGUCAAAGUCAGAGUCGGAGGGCAAAUAUGGAACAAAAUCGUGAAAAAAUACUACGCCGACCCGAAGCACUACCUCGUUCACGAUCCAAACUCUUCCCUUCGAACCGGCGAUGUUGUUGCAAUCGCGCCAGGCUGGCCAACAUCGCGGCGUAAACGGCACGUGGUGAAGCAAAUCAUUGCGCCAUAUGGCCAACCGAUUGAAGACAGACCUGCGAUCCCGUCAUUCGAUGAAAUAAUAUUAGAAAGAGAGGCCAAGAAGGAGGCUAAGGACGAGCGAAAAGCAGUGAAAAAGCGGUCCGAGGAGGAACGACGUGUAGCUUUGAAAAGAUCUGCGGCAGAUGAGCGCAACGCGAAACGCGCAUCAUGGGAACAGCUCAUGGCAAAGUCUGGACAAUAA